AAACUUUUUUCAUUUACUGAAAAAUGAGUGGUGCCAUUCUUAUCAAACCGUUUGAUUGAAACAAGUGAAUAUAUAGCAAAGUGGGGAAAUCAAACGGUCUCUAGUGAUAGUGGAAUCGGACAAGGUAUUCCUACUAUGCUUCGUCAAAGUUUAACAGUUUCCUGUAUCACAAUUUGGGCGUUUACUGUGGCACAUUCAACAACACUGUCCUCGCUUGAAAUUUCUACUGCUGCACUCACAAAUGACGUCACAUCAAUAUCUAGUCAGCAGACGACAAAAGACGGAGCAUUUACUGAUGAGGUACCAGGUACAGAUUCGGCAACAGUGGCGUCAAACUCGGUAACCACUUCUCAGACUGGAGUGGUUUCUUCGUCAGAAAACCACGUCGGUGAUGCUUUGGAGGCAACGACUCAAACAUCGAAUUCUGACGACGAAGCUGAAGCUGAAGAAGAAAGGAAUCCCUCCCCACUGCCCGGGUACUCGUUCCCUCUGGUUUCAGAAAUCAGUGAGCUGGACUACAUCUAUGGGCCUAUAGUCAUUGGUUUGUCCUUUUUGUCUACCAUUAUAAUCGUGUUGGCCUUCAUGAGGAAGUCUAUGAGGUCCCCCACCACUAUCAUCCUAACUGGAAUCGUGGUCUCGGACACUCUGAAGUCGCUUCUACGCUACGGUAAUUAUCUGUACAUGUACUUCACCUACGGGACAGGAACGAUUGAUAUUGUCCUUCCAUAUUGCAUUUUCUUGUUCUACAGCCAAAUUGGAGAAAACGUCUGCUACUCUGUAGCACAGGCGCUCUGGGCUUGUCUUGCUAUUCAAAGGGUUCUGGUCAUCAAGUUUCCAUUCAAGAGCAGGGAGAUUCUGACCACUAAAGCAUCUCUUUUGACAGUAUCCAUCUGCAUUCUUCUCGCUUUUCUCUACCGACUUCCUGAACUCUAUUUUUCGGGUAAACUCACUUCUUACCGAGACUUCCUAAUCUUAUCAGGCUACAAGCCAUCUGACUUUUACUAUUAUUACUACUAUUACUACUACGAAGAAGGCUCCAACGAAACAGUCGGCUAUGAGACGUAUGUCUACUCAACCAUUGCCGGAGAUGAAGAUCUUUGCAUGACUUACCAGGAUCCAGCUUUCACCAAAGCCUACGAGGUGUAUCAUCCAAUUUGCUCUUUGGUCCCUUUUUUCGUGUAUCUAAUAUCCAGCAUCUACAUCAUAUAUUCUGUAGUCGCCCGCAACGACUCAACCGAUAUCCACGAAAGUAAAGGACGGAUGCAGAAGAUUGAAAUGAUGACACGCUCUAUUUUGAUCAUCCUACUAGUUCAAUGCAUCAAGAAAACAAUCGGUUUGUUUAAUCUUAUCAUAACUUUCAUAACAAAAAUGGAGAUUUACGACGUUUGGGGUAAAAUGGAUCUUGAUGCUAUGAGGGUGCUCUACAAAUUUCGCGAAAUUGUGUCGGCUGCAGCUUCUCUCAUCAAUUUCUGGAUCAUUGUCGGAGCCUGCGAGCAGUUCCGCAAGGAAAUCUUUAGCAUGUUCACUGGCUAUUCCAAAUUAAAGAGGCAUUCCUUCAAGAGCAGCGUUAAGAAACUGGGCGAGAGCAGUACUAGCAGCUCAUCAACCAAGGGGUCGACCGUUACAGCCAAGGAUAAAAUUAUCUGAUUCUGGGGCUGAUGGACUCAUCUAUGUUAUGAAUGUUACCUUUGUUUGUUUUUCGAUGACUUCGUUGCAACGUCGUUAUUACUUUUUAAAGUAUAUUUUCUUAAUCUGAUAAAACUGAGUUUUGAACCUCUUUAAAAGUUAAGACAACAACUAAUGCACUUACUAUAAAUUUUUAGUUGGCUUGCUUGUUUUUUAUUGUCCUUUUUAAUUGUGAAUGUGUUAUGAAAAUUAUUAGUGUUGUCCUUUUUUAAUCAUUUUUGUGGAAAAAAGAGAUAUUAAAAUAUAAUGAUGUGUCAAUCAUCAAAUUUUUACUGGCUUGCCUUUGUGCCUUUUUGUACUAGUUGUAACUUUGUUCUAUGUGGUAGAAUGACUUUUUUCACCAAAUUGAAAAUAUAUACACUAAUCAAAAAUAUGGAAUGCAGUAGGAUUGUAAGAAUGCAGAAUGCACCUGUGAUCUAAGGGCCAAAAAUUCAACUUAAACAUUCAAUUUGAUCAUUGAUUAAUAAUUGUAAUUUUAUUUACCCCCAAAAAGUACAACCUAUACCAUAUUGGCUGUCCUGAUAUA